CAUAAUAUUAAAAAUCACGAUGAUUCGCUGAGUUCGCGCUCAGUUAAGAAACAAACACACACCAAAGCAGGCAGCAGUGUCGACUCGUUCGCGACUAUAGAAUGUUCCGAGCUAACGCAAUUAACUUGCUAGAUCUCCAGCCUGAACAGGUGAACAGCUGGUUGCAAGGCUUUGAUACAAUUAUCAGUGAUUGCGACGGUACGCUGUGGCAUGAUGACAAGGCUAUAGAAGGUGCCGCCGAAGUGUUGAAUGCCUUGCAGAGCCGUGCCGGCAAACGCGUCUAUUUAAUAACAAAUAAUGGCCUAAAGACGCGCCAUGAAAUUUGGCAGCGAGCUCAACGUCUGGGCUUCCAGUUGCCCAAUGAGUCGCAUAUCAUCUCACCCACGCAAACAAUCGUCGAUUAUCUGAAACAGCACAUGACAAGCGACCAGCGGGUCUAUGUGGUUGGAAAUGCGGCUAUUGAGCGAGCACUAACUGAAGCGGGCAUUCAAAGUUCUGGCGCUGGCACACCAGAGCUGCUGCAGCCGAAUGACAAGUGGCAGGACUUCGUAAAUCGGGAGUUGAAGCAGCCAGCAGCGACUGACAAUGUGGGCGCCGUCGUUGUUGGCUGGGAUGAACAUUUCAGCUACUGUAAAAUGGCCCGCGCCUGUCACCUGCUGUGCAGUAACAAAGAGUGCGCCUUCCUCGUGACCAAUAAGGAUGCGGUGCACAAGUAUCCGUCUGUUCAUAUACCCGGAACUGGCGCCUUUGUUGCUGCAAUUGAGACGUGUUCGGCGCGCACGGCACUGGAUAUGGGCAAACCGAAUCCCUUGGUGCUGGAGCCGUUGCUCAAUGCAGCUGCCUUGCAGCCCGAACGUACACUAAUGAUAGGUGAUUGCUGCAAAGUCGAUGUCAUCUUUGCCAGAAACUGCAAUCUGCAAUCGCUUUUAGUGGGCACUGGCAGCUAUCAAUUGGAGACUUUGCAUGGGAAUCCCGAGCUGCCCAAACCAGAUGUUUAUCUGCCCCAAUUGGGCAAUCUAUUGUCGUAUAUUUGAGCCAUUUACGCAUUGUCAAUAAAGCGUAUCGACGAGUGCUAAUCAAUAUCGGAUAUGAUAGCUUAA